AUGCUUCCUCUCUUCUUCAAAGUACUUCCUCUCUUCAUCAAGAUGCUUCCUCUCUUGAUCAAGGUGCUUCCUCUCUUCAUCAAGAUGCUUCCUCUCUUCAUCAAGAUGCUUCCUCUCUUCUUCAAAGUACUUCCUCUCUUCAUCAAGAUGCUUCCUCUCUUCAUCAAGGUGCUUCCUCUCUUCUUCAAAGUACUUCCUCUCUUCAUCAAGAUGCUUCCUCUCUUCUUCAAAGUACUUCCUCUCUUCAUCAAGUGCUUCCUCUCUUCAAGAUGCUUCCUCUCUUGA